AGUCAGGUGCUCUGUUAUUUGUCAGUACAACUUUGCAUUGACUUCUUGGAUCCCAAAGUGGUCUGGGAAUGGUGCACACAGUGUAAUACACACAGACGCAGUGGGAUUAUAUGUAAUCCCAAAUGGCGGGUAGACACUGAAUCAUCAAAGCAGCUUUUGGCGCGGCUGGUGUCUUGUUUGGCAGGAGGUCACAACAACACAUUCAAUAUUGAAUAUGUUGUGAUAAAGGUACAGUAUCUAUGAUUUAUUUACGCCAUGAAGUGAAAGAACUUUCACUUGUUCUUAAUGAAAUUAUUGGACCAAGUUGUUGACAAGAGACAAAACAUUUGAAUGAUUUUGUAUCAAUGAGUUUUUGGAAACAGUAUAUGUGCAGUGUGUGGAUGCUCCAUUAAAGGGCAAGAAGCUCAUUUGAACACCAAGACUUGAUAAGAUUAAUGUUUCAUGCAAAAACAAAAUAUGAUUUCCUGCUUCUCUCUGUUUUAUAUCAUAUUGAACUGAAUAUCUUUUGGUUUUGGACUAACAAAACAAGAUUUUAUAGACCCGACGAUUAAAGGACAAGCAGGACAACCCACUGAAUAACCAGCCGUGCAGCACAGUGCUGUGAGUUUUAAAGUCGGGCCUCAGUUUCACUUCAGUAUUAGUUCUCACGUUGUGAGUAGACAUUCUGUCUGCUAAUGCAACAAUGAAUACUCUGCUUUUUAUCUCUCCUACGCUAAAAUAUGCUUGUAAAGGGGAAGAAGAGUCACAAGAGACUAAAGUGAAGUGCUCUGAAGCCCAGCAGUCUGAGUGCUUAAGAUGUGCAGUGUCUCAUGGUUAAACACGGCUGUGUCAACAAGCAGGUAGCUGAGUGUAGCUGCAGGCCUCUUGUCUACUGUACAGAUUAAGUUUUAACAUUACUGAUGUGUUUAUUUGACUUGACUUAGAUUUAGUUCUAAUCUGUUGACAGAAAAAUAGUGAUUUUUGUGCUCUGAGGGUACAGCUGUCGCCCUCUUGAUGCCUUUUUAAAUGUUCUUUGCGAUGUGUUUGACCCUGCCACAAGCCCUUGGACUCACAGAAAUGCUGUUUGUUUGCUGGACCUUUGACCUCUUCAGACUUGGUUCCCUUCUCCAUGGACCCUGAAUGUUCUUUGUUCUCUGACCACAAUCCAUCGGAAAUGGAUGCGCUUUGUCCCUCUCCUCCUGGACCUACCAGACCCCAGCGUCACUAUGAGAGGAUUGGAGAACGGACGGGAACCUCUUUUUGUCAGACCCUAAUCCACCUUUUGAAAGGGAACAUCGGUACCGGGCUGCUCGGUCUGCCCCUGGCUGUCAAGAAUGCAGGCCUGGUGCUCGGACCCAUCAGCCUGCUGUGUAUGGGUGUCGUCGCAGUCCACUGCAUGAGGCUGCUGGUCAAAUGUUCACACCACCUCAGUGCAAAGAUGAACAGGCCAUCUCUGUCCUACGGCGAGGCGGUGCAGUACGGUAUGGAAAACGUUUCAUGGCUGAGGAGACACUCGCAGUGGGGAAAACAGACGGUGAACUUGUUUCUAAUCAUCACCCAGCUGGGCUUCUGCUGCGUCUACUUUGUCUUCCUCAGUGACAAUAUCAAGCAGGUGGUCGAAGCAGCCAACGCCACCACCUUCAGCUGCUACGUGAACCACACCAACCAGACCCAGGUCCUGGUGCCGAGCUUCGACUCCCGUCUCUACAUGCUCUGUUUCCUGCCGGCCUUCAUCCUGCUGGUGUUCACCCCCAACCUGAAGUACCUGGCCCCCUUCUCUCUGGUGGCCAACGUGGUCAUGACCAUCAGCUUGGUCCUCAUCUACUUCUACUCACUCACGAACAUCCCGUACCCGAUCAACCUACCUAAAGUCGGCAGAGCUAAAGACUACCCUCUCUUCUUUGGGACGGCCAUCUUUGCCUUCGAAGGGAUCGGAGUGGUCCUUCCCCUGGAGAACAAGAUGCAGAGGCCUCAGAGUUUCAUCCCGGUUCUGUAUGCGGGGAUGAGCAUCGUCACCUUCCUCUACAUCAGCCUCGGUACCAUAGGAUAUAUGUGCUUUGGGGAGCACAUAGGAGGGAGCAUCACUCUCAACCUGCCGAACUGCUGGACGUACCAGGCUGUGAAGCUGCUGUACUGUUUUGGUAUUUUCAUCACCUUCGCCCUGCAGUUCUACGUUCCAGCAGAGAUUCUCAUACCACCAGUUGUGGCUCGCGUGUCAGAGAGGUGGGAGAGAGCCGUCGACCUGCUGCUCCGCUCCGUCCUGGUCAUCUUCACAUGUGCUCUCGCCAUCCUGAUACCGGAGCUGGACCUCGUCAUCUCACUGGUGGGCUCGGUCAGCAGCAGUUUCCUGGCGCUGAUCUUUCCUCCCAUCCUCCAGAUUAUAGCGUUUCACACAGAGGGCCUGUCGCCGCUAGUGACCAUCAAGAACAUCGUCAUCAGCUUGUUUGGGUUGGUGGGGUUCCUCACGGGGACCUACAUCGCCAUCGAGCAGAUCAUCACCCGCAACUCACACAAACACGAAGAGACGUUCUCCUCCUACAUGGUCCAGUGAGUAAGUGAAGUGACUGUUGGCAGGUGGAAGUAACACACCCAUGCCAUUUUAGAAACCAUUUUAGGGCACAUUUUUGUUUUUUAAGUAUUUGAUUUGCUGCUGUUGGAUACGGCGGCCAUUUUAGGAUUUAUUCAUCACGUUUAAGCAUUACGAAGCUGUAAGGACUUGUGGUGCUUUGUGUUGUGUUUCAUUACGUCACAGCUGCACUACAGUGUGCUGUUGUGUCUGACAUAUGUGACUACUGGCAGCAACUCACACAAGUCCAGCAAUGUAGUGCAAUCUAACGAUAACAUAAAGCUAAAUCAUUCCUUCAGGUUGGAGAUACCUUCAAAAGAUUUUAAGGGUUUUUAGAUUUAAUUUAUCAUUUCGACAGCCUGAAUAUAUUGAUGUGUUUAAUAUUUCGGUUAAAGAAUCUAACUACCUCACAAACUGGUAUCGAUUCGGUCUUUAGAAACUUUUUAGCACGUGGAUUCGGAACUGUCAGCCCGAACAGCUUUUCAUGUAGAGCUUUUAGUGUUUAACCACCCACCACCUCAUUUAGAAAAAAAAGGAAUAAAAAAAAUCUUCAUUUUUUGGUUGCACUUUGAUUUAUGCCUUACUCAGUGAAACGGCACACUACUUUGACACAGACAACACAUUACACAAACUUUAAAUCAAGUACCUGUAACUUUAAAAUUAUUGUUGCAAAGUAGAUUUUUUUAUAACAAAACGUAGCACAAAAAAAGGGUUGGGUAUCCAAAUGGGUACCAGUUCCAAAUUAUUAAGAACCGUGGAUUGUUUGGGAAUUGUGCGUUUUAAUUAAAUUUAUCAACCUCAAAAUGGGAUUGGCCACAUCUUUCUUUGAGUUCUGUCUUAUAUCAAUGUAAUCUUACACACAACAACUCCAUAAUAUCAGUCAGCAUUAAGUGACCAGUCACAACACAUUGUUGCCAGCUAAUCGCUGCACAGUGAAGCAACAACAGCAGUUUGUAAAGUUAAAGCUUCCUUUUAAAAGCUUCCUCUUUUUAAAGAAGUUAGCCUGAUUAUCAGACUCAAUUGAAAUUUUGUUUUUCAAAUACUGACACAGAAAUCGUGUACGAGAUCUGUAUUUCAUAAGUUUGGGAGUUCAAGUCCUAACUAUGAUCUAUGCAUCUUUUAAUGGCAAAGAAAAUGUUCCUAAUCAGUUUUUAUUUGCUUAAUGCAAUGCACUUAAGUGCAACAAAAAAAUUUCACAAAGAGAAGAAGACCUUGUUUGUUUUCUCAAGUCAUAAUGGCCUAAAAUCAGCUAAUGCUAGAACAUCUGGCUCAAGUAAAACUCAGUUAAAAUCAAAAGGGAAAGAGACGAUUAGGAUUAAGAAUAUUUAUAUUUUAUGUAUGUACUUUUAAAAUCAGUUUUUACUGGCGACAUAUUUCGGUUCAGUUUGUGAAAGCCAGGAUCUGAACCCCGAUAAAUGAGCGAAAUGAGAAUCAAUCCAAUCUAUCCGAUACUCAACCCAAUAGCAAAAUCUAUCGAACUUUAGAAACGUAGUUGUACUGUUUGUGUAGGAGCGUUUAUUUUUUUUUGAUCCGAUAAUUUUUUAUGUGUUUUUCAUGUUUUAAUGUAUUUACUAAGUUAACGGUGAAUGGUAUUUUUGAGUCGUCUUUUCUUUUUUUUUUUAUUCAACAGCAUGCAUUUUUAAGACUUACAACUAACCUUGAAAAAGUUAUUUUGGUUCAAUUACAGAGAGGCCCUGCGUGUAAUAUAAUGUAAUAUGUAUGUAAUAUAAAACAAAAGGUUUUAGUUACAAGCUGUAGGGAUUAUAUUCAGACAAAUACCAACAUGUACUGUAAGUUCAUUCUAAAGCUUCUGUACUGCUUGUAUGUCUUCAGUGUUUGUGUUAUCCGGGCUUUGCAGCUAUUUAUCAGUGGACAUUGGUAAAAACUGAAAGCUUAUGGGCCUUAUGUGUAAAAACUUGUAACAGCUGUUGGUGUGAAUCACAGUUGCUUUUGUGCAUAUGUACAUGUAAAUGUCACACAAAAAUGUUUAAAUCUUGUUUGAAAUGACGAAAUAUCCACCGUUCUCCAUCUCCUAUGGAUGGAACUUGUGUGCUAAAACAGUUUGAAUGAGAUUUUUCCCACUGGACACUUUAAGAGAAGGAUGAUGUUGACGAUAAUGGCGGUGAGGGGGAUGAUUAUGUGCAGCUACCCAAAGAAGACUAAUUUCACUUUGCUCAUUUACGGCUGCAAGUAGUGAUAAUUUGAAGUGUCACUUCAUCAAUUCUUUAUGUUUAAAAUGAUGGUGAAGAAUAAAGGCACACAGCUUCCACACUGUGUCUGUUGAACGGUAAUAAGGAAGAGUACAAUACAGCAUUAUGCCCAUCAUAAAUUAGGAAAUGUUUUAUUUUUUUUUAAAUGAAUCAUUGUUUAGUUUAUCAGAAAGAGCCCAACGCAUCGUCCUGUACUUUUAUUAACAGUUUUAAAAAGCUCCAAAUCCUCAGAUUGGACGGACUGGAACCUUCAAAUGUUUGAGAUUUUUUAUUUGAUAAAUUCCUUAAAACAGAUUUUCAUUUCAGCAGUCUUUUAUUUCUUUAUUCCUUGCUCAGAAUAAAUAACAUUCAAAGUU